AUGAAAAACGAUAAUAAAAAUGCAAAUCUCACGGAUCUUGAUACCAAGCAAUCACAAUCUGAAAUUCCCGCUGCACAUACAAAACCUCGCGAUGAAGAGCUAGUAUUGGGUAAAGAAACGUCUUCUAAGGAAAUUGUGGAAUUAGAGCAGUCUGAAAAUAAGGUGCCUCCAAUGGACAUUAUCCCCGAAACAGAACAAAUGGAUCUUACUAUAAAAUCUCCUCCGGGAAAAAUUCCCAUUGAAACGGCCUUGCAUGAUUUACACACUAUAGAUGUGAAUUCUAAUCAAACGUCGUCGAAAAUGGCAAUGCCAGAGGAGUCACCUAUCAAUUCCGAUCAGCCGAAGGACGUUUCGGAAGAUGUGCACACAAUUGUGAACAGUGAACAUGAAAUCCCAUAUGAGGAUUCCAUUCCAACAACGCCAGCCGAAAUAUUGCAAGAUCAUAGCAAUUCAAUUCCAACAACGCCUGCCGAGACAUUGCAAGAUCAUAGCAAUUCAAUUCCAACAACGCCUGACGAGACAUUGCAAGAUCAUAGCAAUUCAAUUCCAACAACGCCUGCCGAGACAUUGCAAGAUCAUAGCAAUUUACGAGAGUUUUACACCAUGGCACACCCUGCAACAAAAAUGCAAAUAAGUGAUCCGAAAGAGAGCAAUGUCGAGGCCAUAGUGAAAAGGAAUAUGUUGCGAAAGAAAAACCAAAGUUCUACGAUGUCUCUUAAAGAUAGACAGCAAUCAUCGAACAAAUCAAGCCAAAGCUCUCUCUAUUCGUCCUGUCCAUCAACAUCGUCCUUGUGUCAUUUGACCGAAUUAGCACAGCCAAAACCGGCAGCACUGCAUAAUACUUUGUUGCGUUUGCGGCAACUUCACGGUAAAGAUGCGGAACAUCUCGCUAAUAUCGAGCGUCAUCUACGAGGUCUUCGCAGCGGUCCGAAAAGGAGAUCCGAUGAGAGAACAAAUGCAACUGCCGCAAAUAACGCCACAACACGAAAAAGGACGAGCAAAUCAGCGCGAACUCAAACGAAACCGUCGAUAGCCGUCGAUGAGAGAACGUUGGGCGAACGCGAAAGCCUGGCUUUGGAUAAAUUUGCGUCGAAUCUGUUCACCAAGCUGGAAGCAAAGCGGGUACUUGAGAACUAUGAAGUCUCCAGGUUACAGAUGCCGGCGGAGAUCGGAUACUACCGGGCUGCGUAUGAUGCGCUGGUCACAACUUUCGGGCAGCCGUAUCACAAGUGUACGCUGGAGUUGUAUCAGCAAUUGGCCGGUGAACUUGGUAUCCAGGCAGAGAUGUUCGUAAUAGACAAAACACCUGCUAUUACUAAAGCUCAAUAA